AAUUAUGCUUAUUUUAAGAAUCACCUUCUUGACUUUUCUUCAUCUUCUUCUCUUUCAUUUCACUAAUGGAUUCAACACCACAGCUGCAAAGGUUGACGUGGGAAUCAUUCUUGAUCUUCAGACACCGAUGUACAAAACUUGCAGAAUCAUUCUAUGGCCAUCGAAGAUUUCUACUCCAAAAACACUUACAAAACAAUGAUCGUGCCUCAUUUCAGAGACUCAAACAUUGAUAUCGUCUCUGCAGCUUCUGCAGGUAUCUAUUGAUCUGCUCAAAAACACUCAAGUGAUAGAGAUUUUUGGGCCACAAGCAUCCAUUCAAGCAGAUUUUGUGAUAGAUAUUGGUGAUAGAGUGAAAGUCCCAAUAAUCUCACCAGCAACCAGUCCAUCUCUAUCCCCUCAAGAAUCCCCUUUCUUCAUCUGAUCUUCCUGGUGCUCUGCUUCUCAAGCCAAAGCAGUUGCUUCAAUCGUCAACCACUUUGGUUGGAGGGAAGUCGUCUUAGUCUACCAAGACACCAACGACGGGAGUGGCCUAUUGCCUUUCCUAGCAGAGGAUUUGCUUGAGAGCAACGCUCUUGUCUCAAACAUGAUACCGAUCUCCCCUUCUGCUAACAACGACGCCAUUCUCGAAAGACUGUUCGAGUUGAAGAAGAUGCAGACGAGGGUGUUUGUCGUCCACAUGCUCCCACCUGUGGCGUCGCGUGAUGAUGGAGGAGGGGUACGCUUGGAUCAUCGCGGACGCGCUCACUAGCUUGUUGGACUCAGAGACUAUUGAGGCCAUGCAAGGCGUGGUGGGCGUGAAGGCCUGUUCCCCGAGGAAGAGGUUUCGCCAGGAGAAUAUGGAGCUUGAAACAUCAGAACUGAAAGUUUUUGGUUUGUGGGCUUAUGACAGUGUUACCGCUCUAGCGGAAUCAAUCCGUGGAGCGCGUACGCGCAGAUGCAUCUCCGAGGUUCAAGAAUACGCAAUUCGACAGAUUUGGAAGCAAUAGGGAUUUCAAAUAGUGGCCCACAACUUGCUCAUUUGCUCAGAAACUUCACCUCAAAAGGGCUGAGUGGGGAUUUUGUAAUCAAGAAUGGUGAAUUGCAGGCUUCUGUGUUUGAGAUCAUGCAUGUAGUAGGCAAUGGAGCAAACAGUGUGGGAUUCUGGAGGAAAAAUCAUGGGAUUUCCAAGAGACUGAACAAGGGAGAUGGUGAUGAUGAUCCGAAGCAGAGGCUAGGAGCUGUGGUGUGGCCGGGGCAGACGAGCGAGGCGCCACUAGGGUGGGAAGUGGCGGCUGCGAAUACGAGGAUGCUGAAGAUUGGAGUGCCGACGAAAUGCAGAGCUAGCCAGCUUGUGGAUGUUUCAAUAGAUGAAGAAGCAGGGAAAGUUAAUAAAGGUGAUGCAGUGGUAGCAGAUAUAACGAUGUCAGCUAGCCGAGCACAACAAGUAGACUUCACCAUUCGCUACAUAGAAUCUGGGAUUUCUACCGUUGUCCUAAUAAAGGAGCUUGGGCCUCUCACAAGAAACCUCUGGAUCACCAUCGGAGCUACCUUCAUCUUCACAGAUACACCAUGAGUGGUCUCAUCCAUAGCAAUUCUGGUUUUGGAUUUGCCUUUCAAAAGGGUUCACCCCUCGCCCCAGAUGUUUCAAGAGAAAUCUUGAAGAUGAAAGAGAAUGGAAAAAGGGAUCAGAUUUCAAGAAAAUGGUUUGGCGAAGGAGGCUGCAGCUCAACCAAUACAACGGAUGCCGACUCCAGAAAGCUAGAUGUCAAAAACUUCAGUGGGCUGUUCUUCAUUACUGGCUUAUCUUCAUUAUCAGGCUCUACUCAUAUUCUUCUUCACUUUUUUGUACGAUAAUCGCCUUGUUUGGAGCUCUGCUGCUUCUCUCAAGCACAAACUACUUCAACUUGCUCAACUUUUUGAUCACAGGGAGAGCGACAAUGAGUUGCUGCCAUUUUCCAGCAAAUCAGCAGUUGUUUGUGAAGAAAUGGUUGCAGCAGAGAUGAAGAGUAAGCCCAAAAGCUGCAUUUGUUGUGAACAAGGGAAGUGGUCAACAAUACAACUGUCACUUGUUACUUAUAUUCUAGUCUUGAUGCAGUAAUUUUGAUUGUAAAUAUCUGUAAUAUCAGGUUUGAACUAUGAAAGCUGUGUUUAUACAUUAUCAACUUUUUUU